AUGCCUCUACCACACAACACCACGGCACAAACCAAGGACCAAACCCCCGACGUCCUGGCCUCCGAUAUGUCUUCCUCCAAUAAGGAUAAACGCCUCGUUCAUCGCUCACUUGCCACCGAAAUCAUCUUUGUCGGCGUCGUCUGCGCCGCACAGCUCCUCACGCAAGCCGGCCUCGCCCUCAGUAUCGCGCCCCAAACCCUCAUCGCCCAAUCCUUUCACAUCACCGACCAGGGAACUGCGAGCUGGUUUUCUGCCGCCUACUCCCUGACGGUGGGCACGUUUAUCCUCCCAGCGGGCCGCCUGGGCGAUGUCUUUGGCCAUAAGCGGUUCUUGGCGGGCGGCUUUGCCUGGUUUGGCGUGUGGUCCGCGCUCGCGGGCUGCGCCGUCUACAGCGGACCGAUCCUAUUUGCGUUUUGCCGCGCGAUGCAGGGCAUGGGUCCGGCGUUUAUGCUGCCGAACGCGGUGGCGAUCCUAGGGCGCGCAUAUGAGGCCGGAAGCAUGCGUCAAAAUAUGGUGUUUAGCCUUUUUGGUGCCACCGCGCCUUCUGGGUUUAUUGUUGGCGCCGUUUUUUCGAGCUUGUUGGCGCAGAAAACGUGGUGGCCGUGGGCGUAUUGGGUCAUGGCCUUGGCGUGUCUGCUGUUCGCUGUCUUAAGCGUCUUUGCUGUGCCGGCGACGGUCAGGGAAAGCGCGCAGGAAGAUGGAAACGACCCGCUCUGGCAAAGAGUUGAUCUAUUUGGGUCGGUUGCGGGCGUCUCGGCCCUGAUCCUCUUCAACUUUGCCUGGAACCAGGGUCCGGUCGUUGGAUGGACACAGCCAUAUACAUACUCCAUCAUGAUUGUCGGCAUUCUUGCAUUCGUCCUCUUUAUCUUCAUUGAAAACAGAGCUACGCACCCUCUGAUCCCCUUUGGUGUCUUGAAAAUCGACUCCCUCUUUACUCUGGCCUGCAUCGGCGCCGGUUGGUCCAGUUUUGGCAUUUUUGUUCUAUACACUUGGAACUUUGUCGUUCAGUUUCGACACCAGACGCCCCUUCUGUCGUCGGCGCAGUUCUCGCCCGUUGCCAUCAGCGGGCUGUGUGCUGCUGUUGGCACAGGUAUCGCUCUGAGCAACCUGCGCCCUUCGUCCGUUAUUUUCGUCUCCAUGGUUGGUUUUGCCGCAGGCGGAGCCAUUUUGGCAACCAUGCCCAUCCACCAGACGUACUGGGGGCAGGAGUUUGUGGGCCUCAUCGUCUUGCCCUGGGGUAUGGACAUGUCGUUUCCAGCGGCGACCAUUGUCUUGAGUCGAGCAAUGCCGCGGAAGCACCAGGGUCUGGCAGCGUCUCUGGUGAACACCUUUGUCAACUAUUCCAUCUCCAUCGGACUCGGGUUUGCGGGCACUGUAGAUUCCAAUGUCAAUGAUGGGGGCCGAGAGGUUCUUCGCGGCUUCCGUGGCGCGCUGUAUCUGGGCGUUGGUCUUGCGGGCUUGGGUGUCGUCGUGGCCCUGCUGUUCUGUUUUGUAGAUUGGUAUAGAUCUGACAUCUGCGAGAAGAUGGAGCAGGAGAGUGAGAAUAAACUAGACAGUGCGUAA